CAAUACUGCAACGACCUGUUAAUUUCUGCGCGCCUGGUGCAAAAGGGAAUAUCGCUAUUGGAAAAUCGACAACUUUUGCUUGCAUGUUGUAAUAAAAAAAAAAUUAAUUUGACCGACCAACACAAUACAUUUCUUGAUAUUCUUUAUUUGCUUUCUAAUUGUACUUAAAAAUUAAACAUAGAUUAUGAAAAUAUCUACUGUGCACGAUAUUUAGCAUUUCACCAUAAUCAGCAAUUCACUUUUACAAGCAUAGUUGGCAAUUCAUUUUCAUUUGUGUUGACUGCCAGCUAAGUGCACUUUAUUUCUGCACGUGUUUCAAAACAAAAAGCAAACUGCGCAUAAAAACUCAUAUUAAAUAUAUUUGAAAGUAGCAGCCUCGCCAAAUCCUAACUAUUUACAUUUGUUUGUGAUUUUUCAAUUUUAAAUACAAAUCAAAGCAUGGAGUACAUAGAUCCGUCGUCACAGCCCACAAAAACGACCAUGAUCUUGUGUUGCGAAUGUGGCGUGCCAAUCGAACCAAAUCCUUCUAAUAUGUGUGUAACAUGUCUACGCAAUCAUAUAGACAUCACGGAGAACAUACCGAAACAGGCAGUAUUGCAUUUUUGUCGCAACUGUGAACGCUAUUUACAGCCGCCUGGUGAGUGGGUAACCGCAGCAUUGGAGUCGCGAGAGCUGCUGGCUUUAUGUUUAAAAAAGUUGAAAGGUUUAAAAGCUGUCAAGUUAGUGGAUGCCGGUUUCGUCUGGACAGAACCACAUUCCAAACGCAUAAAAGUCAAAUUGACAGUACAUGGUGAAAUUAAUGGAGGGACCGUGCUGCAACAGGUAUUCAUCGUAGAAUUCACUGUGCAGAAUCAAAUGUGUGAUGAUUGUCAUCGUACCGAGGCGAAAGAUUUCUGGCAUUGCCUGGUGCAGGUGCGACAACGCGCUGAAAACAAAAAGACGUUUUACUAUUUGGAACAGCUGAUUUUGAAACAUAAAGCGCACGAAAAUACGUUGGGCAUUAAGGCAUUGCAUGGUGGUUUGGAUUUCUAUUAUGCGAAUUUCAAUCAUGCAAAGAAGAUGGUUGACUUUUUGCAGUAUAUGGUGCCAGUUAAGGUGACCACGUCCAAACGUUUGAUUUCGCAUGACAUUCAUAGCAACAAUUUCAAUUACAAGUACACAUGGUGUGUGGAAAUAGCUCCAUUAUCGAAGGAUAGUGCAGUUUGUUUGUCAAAGAAGUUGCGUCAACAGCUGGGUAGUCUUUCACCCGUUUGCUUGGUGUAUAAAGUAGCCACAGGCAUACAUUUAAUCGAUCCAAUGACUGCGCAAAUAUCUGAAUUGCCAGGACAGAUGUACUUCCGCAAUCCUUUUGAAGCGCUAUGUGAUCCGAAACAAUUGGUCGAAUAUAUUGUUAUGGAUAUUGAACCAAUCAUGGAUAAAGAUCGUAAACACAUACCCGGCACAGGUCAAGUAUCAUUUCGUCAUGUCUUAUGCGAUAUUUGGGUGGUGCGUUCUUCCGAGUUGGGCAUCAAUGAAAAUACGAUACACACACGUUCACAUCUUGGUCAUUUGCUAAAGGUAGGCGAUUCUGUAAUGGGCUACAAUUUAGGUGAAGCGAAUUUAAACAACACUGAAUUUGAGAAUUUGUCUGCGGAUCAAAUUCCUGAUGUGCUGCUGGUGCGUAAGUGCUACGCUGAUCGCCAAACACGUACGAAUAGCCGUAAUUGGAAGUUACGUCAUUUAGCCGAUGAGGCAACGGAUGAACGCAGCAAACAUGACUUCCAUGAAUUCCUUGAAGAUUUAGAAGAGGACGCAGAUUAUCGCAAACAGAUUAACAUUUAUCGUGAUGCUAAAAAGGCACUGCCUGUGGAUAGUAAUGAUAAGCAAGCGGCAAACGAUAGCGUGCCACAAAUUACGCUGGCAGAAAUGUUGGAAGAUCUAGCGUUGGACUGUGAAGAUGACGCCAUGGGUGAAGAUAAUGCUGAUGAUGGUGCUGGAGCUGGAGCCGAAGAAAUUUGAAGAACUGGUUGUUAAUGAUUUUAAAUAAAUUAAUUUUUUUAGAGCAUCUAAUAAAGCAAAUUAUUUUGUGAAUCCUGA